CUGUGACAAAAGGAAAAGCCACCCGAGAGCCGCUGUUUUUAUUAUUCUGAGCUUGAAACCCAAGCGAUCAGUCCCAUUUAAACGCAAACGACAAAAUGUCUUCUGAUUUUGAAACCUAUGAGCAGGACUUUGGAACCGUUACCGCGGAAUUAACCAACAAAAUAGGCAGAAUUCCCAAAUUGGGUGGAGAGGAGAAGACACAGCUGGUUCUAAAUGUCGACAAACAGCUUGAAGAAGUCAGAGAGUUGUUGGAGCAGAUGGACCUGGAGGUGCGGGAGAUCCCGGUUCAGAGUCGAGCCAUGUACAACAGCCGUCUGAAAAGCUACAAGCAGGAAGUGGAAAAGCUGGAGAAGGACUUUAAAAGGUCACGUAUCGCCUACAGUGACGAGGUGCGCAACGACCUCCUGGGGGAUGACGUCGGCUCCUCGGAGAACCAGUUGAUAAAGUUGCGUGAAGAGAGAGCGCAUCUGUUGGACAACACAGAGAGGCUGGAAAGGUCAUCGCGGAGACUAGAGGCCGGCUACCAGAUAGCGGUGGAAACAGAACAAGUGGGCCAAGAGAUUCUCUCCAACCUUCACACCGACCGCGAGAAGAUCCAGAGGGCCAGAGAGAGGCUGCGAGAAACGGACGCCAACCUUGGGAAGAGCUCUCGCAUCCUCACGGGCAUGCUGAGAAGGUAAGAGGCAGGAUCAUCCAGAAUCGCGUGCUGGUCUUCGUCCUGGGAGCCUUCAUCCUCCUCACCAUCAUCCUGGCCAUCUAUUUCAAUCUGCGGGGCCACUGAUCCUCCAAAAACACACACGUCCAUCUUGACACCAACACAAACACACACACGCAUGAUUAAUAGCGACAAAACGCGUUGUUGGACUGUAAUUAGGACAAAUAGUCACCAUGAAUCAAGCUUUCCCUGCAGCUGACAAGGAUUUUUUCCCCUCUCCUCUUUUUCUUUUUAUAUAUUGUCAUCUUUUUCCCUCUGUCAUGCUCCGGCGUUCAUCUUGGGACAGAACUCAAUUCAUAGUGUUAAUCACAGCCCUUGUUUUUGGACACAUAAACACACGAGGAUGUGGACAAACUCAGAUCUUCACGAUGUAAGAGAUAAACAAAAGGCCCAUUUUUUUCUUGAUUAUUUAUAGUUGGAAGUAGACUUAAUGAAAAUCAUUGCAAACAUGAAUUCAAUGUGGACCUCUAACUCGACUUUAUACUAACAUUUAAAUGGACAUCAUGUAUAGUUCCAAGAUCUAUAUGUUAAGUGAUUCUGCUAUUUAUUUAUAAAAGUGUCUUCUUGUGCUUAUACUGUAUUUUCUAUGGAAUCCAUAAUGCAUUAAUAACAAUCACAACAGGACCAAUUGAUUCUUCUUUUUUGUUUUCGGGAUCAAUCCUUUUGAAACUGUCGUUGACGGUGAUAGACGUUUGUCAUCAAUGGCUGCCAAUGAAUAGCCUCAACUUAUUUUAAGGUCUUUUAAACAGUUAUUUACAGUUCUCAUUAAUUUGCAAGUCGACUCAUUGGCUGUGAAAAAUGUUUUUGAUUUCUCAGUUCUUCUUGGAUUUUUUUUUUUUAACAAUGUAGACAAAUUUGAAUAAAUGUGGACACACCAAGGAUCUAAAAUUGAA